UGGAUUUCUCUAUUACUAACGUUACUUGACAUGAGGCAUUAAUAUUUCAAAAUUUCUGUCGUAAUUAAUUAGUAUCGAUUACGCGAAUUCUGAAAGUGCAGGUACAUGCUGUUUGAAAAUUUCAUUUGAAAAAUUCUAAACUUGAAAUUGGCCGGGCCAUUUACCUACCGGAGUUGUAAUUGUGUGUGCUUUCGCACGUUGUUGUCAAAAAAGUGUCUCGAUCAGUUUUGAAGUAAACAUGUCAGUCUUUGUACCACCAAUGUUUGCGUUGCUAACGCGCGUGGAAGAUGUGACAACUAACACAAGGAAAAGGCUUGAAGAAUACGAAAUUAAUGAAACUUAUACGUAAUACUUGAUAUUUGUUUCCUGUAGAUUAAGCGCAAUGUGCACAAAGGAACGUUCCACCAUUUUCCCCGCUUUUCUUGUCGUAGGCGGAUAUAGAAACAGCUCAGCGGCGCACGCAUGUAAUUUAACCAAUCAUAUAUCGCCCUCUGUGAUUUAUUUAAUUAACUCUUAAUGGCGGUGAUAAUAUGAAUAUUGAACGGUUAAUUGGCCCGUUAUCGCCAAUUUCCGACGCGAAUUUCUGACAUAAGAUAUCACAUCAAAUAGUCCGAGAGAUUCUUUAUAAAGGAGCGAACGGAACUUUGGGGAACGCACUGCCUGAAAGACGAUGAGAAUUUCACAUAAUUUAGCUGUUUUUCCGCUCGUGAUCUUUUUAACAGAAAUCACGUAUGGACGAGACUUGCGGCGAGACCUGAGAGAAAUAACAGAUUUGCGUGAUUCAGAUGCUACCCCUGGGCUUCUUUUGUCUGCCUUAUGCGUACAAGAUGGACAGCUUAGAAAAUCAUGCUUAGAAGACAUAUCAUCCGUAUCAAUAAAGAAGCUUUUAGAUAAAAUGGUAGACGAAAUACGAGAAAAUGAAAGAUACGGCUCAUUGCUGCGGGAAUUAGAUUUAAGCAGUAAAGACGAAAUCAUUCCGAGUGAAAAUGUUCCGGAGAAAAGAGGCAGAUCAAGGUCAAGAAAUACUUCCGGUUUUUAUUCGAACUGGUAGCAUUUUCGAAGAGUGCGCCAUUGUGAUAUUUCAAUAUCACAUAUAUCAUCGUAGAUAUCUGUUGUAAAAUUUCAAAUUUCAAGACAAAUUAUGUGAAUUUUAAUGCAUUGUGCCCUACUGUGGACUACGGACUAAAAAAAACAAAGAAUAACAGUUACUCUUUUAUAUGUAAAUGCAAUAAGAAUGUACUGAAAUACCGUUUCGCCUAUGUCUGUAUUUGGUUUCUUUAAGUUUACUGAUGUAAUGCCACUCGUCUUAGAUGUUUCUUGCAUACCAGAUGGGGAUUUCCGGUAUUUUUACCGGUGCUGGAAAAAUCCAUCUUACACCCCGGGGUGUAAGAUGACUCUCGUGCUUUAAAUGACGUAUUACAAACUACAUAUAUGUAGAAGAUUUAUGUAGUUAUUUAUAUUUUAUUUCGAAAAACGGAAUAAAAAUCCAAUACCUUGACAGUUCCUCUUUGUUCCUGAUAGUAUAUUUCUCGAUUCAAAACACGUUAUUUUAUCAAAAAUUCAUAACGUUACGCUGGAACUGAUAAAACAAAACCGGAACUAAACAUUAUUAUUUGUCUUUGAAACGUCAUGACGUCUUUCCUGUUUAUGGACGUUGAUUUCCCGCGCUUUGUUUAAAUACGCUGCUAUAAGAAAUAGUUCUAAAAAGAAAGCCGUUCGACUGAUUUUAUUUUUAUUAUUAUAUCUUGAUAUCGGUAUGCAAGAAAAAGAUUCUGUCACUGGUUAUAGGUGCAGAUGGGAAUAUCCGGCUCUCGGGUAACUGUUUAGACGGUAACUCGGUAGGAACCUCGUUACCGCCUUAACAGUUACCCUCGAGGCCGGAAAUUCCCAUCUGCACCUAUAACCAGUGAAAGAAUCUUAUAAUCUUAAACCUUACAUUCAAUAAAGAAAAAUUCCAUGACUUUUAGGGUUGCAGAUUUUAGUCAUAUACUAUGAACGAAUAUUAUUUAUUGAUUCAUUUGGAGACAGAUUUAAUUUUAGAAGUGUACAUCUGAAGAUUAUUUUUGUCUUUUUGUUUCGAAACUGAGAUGAUACUUUAAUAUAUAUGUUACAGACUGAAAAUAAAAACACAAUAACAGAG